AUGACUGGUACACCUACGGGACUGGAGCUCUACCACUUGACACUGCAGAGACAAUCCAACUACGUCCAUUCAUGUGUGGGUCAUUUUGUAGAUCUUCCAGACGCCCCAAUUGGGAAGCGUAAAACAAGAAAAGACUAUCAAGUUUGUAUCGCUACAGAAACACAUCUUGAGCUUUAUGAUCUAGAAGAGGGAGAUUUUCGACGUCUUGCCCUGAUACCAAUUUUCGCUACCAUCACCGCCAUGCAGAGCUUGCCAGUGGAGACCAAUUACUCGUAUUUGGUCUUGGUAACGGACUCUGGCAACUUAUCUUUGCUUCAAUUUGUUAACGAUGCGAAAGCCAUAAGACUGCAUUCACUUUUCAAUGAGCCAUUCGCAAGAAGUGGGCUUCGAAAGGUGGCGCCUCAGAAACACAUCGAGGUCGAUCCCCAGGGAAGAUGCAUUUUCGUAUCUGCUACCGAACGCAAUAAACUGUGCUAUCAAACUGACUUCAGAAACAACAUUUUAAACGUUUCCUCACCCUUGGAAUUCCAAAAACCCAAUCGUAUCACGAUAUCAACGACUGUGUGCGACGUGGCCUUUGACAAUCCUACAUAUGCCUCAUUGGAGAUCGAUACCACGGAUGGCAGUAAAUACUUGGCUUUUUACAUGCUGGACUUGGGUUUGAACCAUAUUAUUCAGCAAAGUGAGACUCUACUACCUUCAAGUGCUAGUUUUCUCGUCGCUGUACCGAAUUUAGAACGUUACGGUGUCAACGCGAGGUCUGAGCAACACGAGUCUCAAGCUAAUGACUCAAUUAAUUCGUUCGUGAUAGUGGGCCUGGACAGUAGGUUGAUGCUAAAAGAUGCACACGGUUACUUUAGUUUAGAGGUGAAUCUACCCACCCGAACUCUCGAGUCCCUCACCAUUAUCUCAGCAGCGGUGCAUAAGCUGAAGAAGGAAUUUUUUUUGUUAGUGCAAUGCAGCAACGGAGACCUGUACAAAGUGAAAAUAAUACCCAACGAAGCAUUCAAUUUUUGCCCGAAGGUUACAGUGGUUUAUUUCGAUUCUAUCGCACCCAGUUCACGGCUUCAUAUCUUCCGAAAUGGUUUACUCUUAUCACUGCAAGAGCUUUCUGGAUACAGUCUCUAUGAAUUUGAGAGUUUGGGUAAUGAUGAAAAUCUUUUGACAUCUGAUGAACCCGCAGAGCAUCUUAAAAUAUCACCGACGUCGCAACUUGAGAAUUUGUCUGUACUACAUCAAUCCGGUAGUUCAAAUCCAAUUUUGGCGUCAGAAGUGUUGGAAUCCAACCCGCUCACACUGCUUAUGAGUCAAUAUAAACGGGAUUUGAAGUGUUUGAAGUCCGGCGUCAACUUCAGCGAUCUCAUCACUUCUCCACUGCCGCCAAAAGCAAGCGGACUUUGGUCGAUUCGCCUGACCAGUGAUCCUUGGCAUAGGCUUAUAUUACUAGCCCUUCCCAAAACGACAAUGGUCCUAAAAGUCGAGGACGGGACACUUGAAGAACUGGAGGCAGCUAACAAUAAAUUUAAAACUGAUAACGAUUCCACUAUAUAUGCGGGAUUGAUGGGGCAAAGGACGAUAAUUCAAGUGUGCGAGAAUUCGAUGUUGCAAAUAGAUUAUGAGGGACGCACAACGAAAAUGAGCAUUAAUUCAGAAUGGCUGCCCCCAGCCGGUAUUAAGAUAUUGAGAGCAACCAGUUCGUCAUCUCAGCUGGCCCUUGCUCUUUCGAAUAACGAAGUUGUCUAUUUCGAGCUGGAUAUCACAGCCGGUAUGGAAACCUUGAACGAAUAUCAAGAAAGACUGGAGCUCCCCAAUAGAAUCACUGACUUAAGUCUUUGCGACGUGCUCAGAAGCGAUUUUUUAGCUGUUGGAUGCCAAGAUUCUUCGGUAAAAGUAUACGGGCUCAAAUUGGGGUCUGACGAUUCAUUUCUAGAAAUGCUUUCAAUGCAAGUCUUACUUUCACCACCCAGUAGCGUCCAAUUUAUGCCCUCAAAGGCUUCAUUACUUCUGCACGUUGGUUUAGACUCAGGCGUCUACAUUCGUUCAAGCGUUGAUAAAUUUGAUGGGCAACUUUUCGACCUGCGAACCAAGUUCUUGGGGUCAAGACCAGUCCGAAUCACACCUUUGCCGCAUGUUGACCAUAACAUCGUAUCACAGGCUGAAGAGGAAGAAGGAGAAGAAGAAGAAGAAGAAGGGCAUGGGGAAGAAGAAAAAGAGCCUGAAGCUCAUGCGUCUUUAAGUGAAUCUUCAUGUGUUGUUUUACACUGCGAUAAGACAUGGCUUAGCUACGAGACUGACGAUAUGUUCUACGUCAGACCAUUCAUCCUUUCGAAAAACGUGUCAUUGGAGGCGAUUGCAGCAUUUCGAACAAGUGACAUAAAAUCUAACGGGUGUUGUGCCAUUUCCUCGCGCGGCUCUCUCUUAAUUGGACGCCUGGAUAAAUUCACGAAACGUAACGAGUGGUUUCAACAAAACGAGGAAACUGACGCUGAUGAUGAAGCUUUGAAAACGACGCAAUAUCGCGGCCACAGGAUCAUCUCAGAUCCUUUCGAUCAAAAGUUAUUUUACAGUGUUGAGAAUAGUACUAUCGGAAAGGCUUGCCGAGUCUCAGCGCAUAGAUCUGGCUUUUCGUUGGACAUCAACACCAAGGAGAAUAAGUAUUUUAACAUCGACGACAUUUGUCUGGAUGCACAGAUUGCGAAGUUCGGAACCAGUAAUACUUAUUUAGUGCUGUCCACCAAGAGUAUGCAUCUGAAAACUUUCCUGAUACAGAAAGGCUCGAAAGAAAAUAAAUCCAGCCUUCACAUCGAAUUCGUUCAUGACACUGUGGUCGGUGAGACUAUUCAUUCUAUUGCGUCUUUCGCUGACAGGUUGUUAGUCCCAUUCUCCAGCAACUUGGUGCUUUACGCAUUAGGACGCAAGCAACUUUUGAAGAAAUCAAUAAGCUCAAUACCUCCAUCAGUUUCCAAGGUAGUGAGUGUUUGUACAUGGAAAAACGACAGGGUAGCAAUCGGAGAUAUUCACGAGUCCGUGACCUUGUUCAUCUUUGACAAGACGUCAAAUGAAUUCAUAGGACUGGCUGAUGAUGUCGUUAAGAGACAUGUAACGACUAUCACAUUUCUCGAUAAAUCGACCAUCAUUGGAGGCGAUCGGUUUGGAAAUGUAUGGGUAUUGCGAGUACCACCACACAUUGAAAAGCUUAUCAGCGAAGAGUAUUCUUUCUUUGCAAGCAAAUAUGAAAAACCUGGUAGUAACGAGCUUCCGCGAAACAUUAUGGAGUGCCCGUGUAAGUGGGACAUGAUAAAUCAUUUCUACGUCAAUGACAUACCCAUCUCAUUUCGGGUUGUCAAAGGCUUAGAUAUGUCAGAUAGAGUAUCCAUCCUAUACACAGGACUGCAAGGCACGAUUGCAUGUUUGGUUCCGCUCUUGACAAAGAAUGAGAUUGAUUUUUAUCAUGCAUUAGAAGAUACGCUUCGAAAUGCCGAUGAGACAUUUUUCAUGGACAAUGAAACUGAAAGCACUUUCCUUGAUAAUGAUUAUCGUGACGAAGCUGGUAUAGCGGGGAAUCUUGUGGCUAAAGCUAAACAAUCGAAUCCAAGGCCAAUGAUAGAAGGUGCGUAUAGUUUUGUGGGCCGCGAACAUUUGAUGUACCGGAGUUAUUACGCGCCUGUGAAGGGUGUUGUUGAUGGUGACUUCUGCGAAAGCUUCUUAUCCUUAUAUCCAAGCGAACAGGAGUUCCUGGUGAACCGAAUGUCCGUGAAGCACGUCAAACAGGUUCAGAGUCGGUUAAAUGAAAUGCGGACAAGUAAUAUAUAG